UCUUCGUCUGCAUGAAAACCCUAGCGAAUAAAGUAGAGUGAGUGAGGAGCCACAACACUGAGAGUACAGAACGCGGUAACCCUAGAAUCCCAAAUCCCCAAUCAAUCGACCAAGAGCAGGAGCUUCGGUGGCGAUCUUCAUCCGCCUCGGUGAAAAAAAUGUCUCUGGUGGCGAACGAGGAUUUCCAGCACAUUCUGCGUGUGCUGAACACCAACGUAGAUGGGAAGCAGAAGAUAAUGUUCGCUCUCACCUCUAUCAAAGGUAUUGGCAGGCGAUUCGCUAACAUUUGCUGCAAAAAAGCUGAUGUCGACAUGAACAAGAGAGCUGGUGAAUUGAGUGCUAUUGAGUUGGAUAGCGUUAUGACUGUGGUUGCCAACCCUCGGCAAUUCAAGAUCCCGGAUUGGUUUUUGAAUAGGAAGAAAGACUACAAGGAUGGGAAGUAUUCUCAGGUGGUGUCAAAUGCACUGGAUAUGAAGUUGAGGGAUGAUUUGGAGCGCUUGAAGAAAAUCAGAAAUCACCGUGGUUUGAGGCACUACUGGGGUCUUCGUGUUCGUGGUCAGCACACUAAGACUACUGGUCGCAGGGGUAAAACUGUUGGUGUCUCUAAGAAGCGUUAAGCUGUGUUAUAUGUUUGCUUUGAGAAAUAGAUAUUUGUUAGGGAAGCAAAUUUUGAAUUAUGUUGGACAAGUUUCCAUAGAACAUAAAUUUUAUUGGUUAAGUGCUGUGAUGCUUUCAAUUUUUUUAUUUGCUUUACCUGGUGCUCGUUAGUAUUUGAUACGGACCAGAAAAACAGUGACAUUUUCCAACAGAUUUAAGGGGAACAUGGCAUGUGUCGAAGAAUAUGACACUUAUUAAA